CACACCAAACCGAAACCAUAUAGCAAUAGCCAACUUUAAGAAAACUAAAAAUGGCUGACUGUGGUUUUGGUUGUAAAACUAUCGUUGCUUGAGAAUUUUUACUGUUUUUGUGUAUUCAGUUGUGAUUGUCAAUAAAGUAUUCGACUGUAGGUAUGUCCGUAAUAUUUUACAGAUUAUUUGUUAAUACACUGAGACAAAAUCUGCCGAGACAUCCCAUUAAAUCAGUACUACAUGUGCGGUCUAUAUCAGCAAUGGACGUUGCUACUGUAGAAAAAGUAGCAGAUGAAAACCAAAAAGAAUCUCAAGAACUAGUACUCAAUAAAAAUUUGACAAGGUUCAAAAAACGAUUCAUGAAGAGACAAUGGGAAGAUCCAGAUCCAAACAAAAAUGAGAAUGGUGAAUCGGACGAGAAGAAACUUUGUGAAAGACCAGUAGAAAGGAUCAAAAGAAAGAAAAUGGCACUUGUUUUGGGAUACUGUGGUGUGGAUUAUUAUGGCAUGCAACGUAAUCCUGGUGUAAGAACAAUAGAGGAAGAUUUAUUGAAAGCACUAAUGGAAGCUAAAUAUAUAACUGAAGACGAUUUUAACAAUCAGCAGAAUACACAGUUUCAACGAAGUUCUAGGACGGACAAGGGUGUGUCCGCUGCCAGACAGGUUGUGUCACUGAAACUACCUCUUGAGGUAGAUAUAAAUGAAAUAAAUAAAAGACUGCCGGAUUGUAUCAAAGUAUUUGGUAUAAAGAGAGUGACAAACAAAUUUAACUCAAAAUCUAAGUGCAAUGCGAGAACAUAUAGCUACACUGUUCCCACUUAUGUGUUUGAGCCUAGUUUAAUCACUGAUGAAGAGAGAAAGCAAUACAGAAUAACAGAAGAUAAAAAAGAACAAGUGAAAAAGGUGCUAGAAGUUUACAAGGGAACUAAAAGUUAUCACAAUUUUACUGAAAAGAAACAUCACCAAGAUCCUUCAUCGCUAAGGUAUAUGAUGGGCUUCACAUUAGACAGAGUAUUCGUUGAUUCAGGAAUGGAAUUCGCUGUUCUCUUAGUAAAGGGUCAAAGCUUCAUGCUGCACCAGAUACGAAAGAUGGUUGGUCUGGCGAUAGCUGUGCUUCGUGGCCACACUGACAAUUCUAUACUUGAGAAAGCAUUUGGCAAGGAAAAGGUUAUGAUACCAACCGCACCUGGUCUUGGGCUUGUCCUUGAUACGGUUCAUUACGACAGAUAUGACAACAAAUUCAAAGGCAGCCAUGAUAGUUUAACUUGGACAUCUGAAGAGGAAGAAAUACAGAAGUUUAAGCAUGAACACAUAUACCCUGUAAUCGUUAAGGGAGAGGUAGAGAACAACUCUAUAGCCUUGUGGCUUGAGAAACUGAGUAAUCAUUCAUAUGAACCAUCGGAAGAUGUUCCAGAGAAAAUUGAUGAGAAAGAACUAGCGGCCGGCGAUGAUGAUGAUGAUUUCGAUGAUGUAGCCGAAGAUGAAGGUGAUGAUGAGAAGAGUGAGAGUAAAAACGGUAAUAGUAGUUUGAUCACAGCCGAGAAAAGUCACACAGAUAGUGGUAACACUGAAAAACGUGAAAUCCCAUGAAUAGUUUUUAGACAACCAUGUAUAUAAGAAAUGAAAAGAGAUGAAAGAAAACUUAAGACAACUUUUUUACCAGUGAUUGACCAUUCUUUAAUGUGAUAAAACAUUUAUCUUGAUGUUCAUGUGUGGAAUGAAUAGUAAGUCUCUUUUUGAUUUCAUAGUAAGUUUAUACAAUUGUAAUAUUAAGCAGAAUUAAGGAUGUAACAUUUAUAUAAUAGUGUUGUAUUGUUAAUUAGUUUACCAGGAUGGCAAUUAAUUAUAAAUGGCUGAGCCAUGUAGGAAUAUAAAAAAAAAAUUGUUUCAAUUGUUAUGCCCAUGUCAAUUGACCUUACAUUUACAUAAGUUGGCACAGAUGGUUGGGUAACUGGCGUGUAACGUCAACAAUAUCUACUUAUUUCUGAAAUUCUUUGAAGUAUGUAGUCAGAUACUCCAAAGAAUUUCAGAAAUAAGUAUUUAAAUAGUAAUGAGUAUUUAUUUACAUAAUAAAUACCUUUUUUACUCGUAAGUACAAAUUUUCAGUUAUUUGUUAAAUUUUUUUAAUUUUUAAUUAUUUUUGCAACUGGGUAGUUUCCUAGGUCAACAAUAAAUGUAUUCGAUGUUUCAAUACAAUCAACUAUUGAAAAAUAACUAUACUUUUAUUCAUCGAUCGAUCGACACACUAAGUUUUAGAUAUUUUUUGGUAAUUUUUAAGAAAUAAGUAC